CUAGGAUAAUAUAGAUGCUCAAACAGUAUAAUUCUCAAAGCAUUAUGAACAUACUUACAAAGCCUAAUGAUAGGUACCAGCUUGAAGAUGCUCAGGAUGGAAAUGAGGGAGAAAAUAGUGCCAAAAGAGACCAGAAAGGACAAGUGAUUAAGCCUAAAUGGCCAACCUCUGAAGUCGGCAGGAUCCUAACCGAUUGUGAAGGCAAGGAGAUACCAAUCCGGACUUUUGAGUAUGAUCCCAGAAAGAUGAAUUUUCAGAACAAGAAAUUUAAAUAAAGUUGAUUUAAAGAAAUUGUCAAGGAAGAAAUCUAUAAAAUUUCUUACUUUAGAUAAACUAGAACUAAGAACACAUCGAGAGGAAGAGCAGCCAUCCAAAAUAUUUGUACCUAUAAAGCCUAUAAAAGCAGUUGAACUACCAACACUUAGGUCUUUCAAGACGUUUGAUAUCAAUCUUGAUCAAAAUAUGUUCAAGGAGCAUCGAAAAAGCCUGGUCAACCCUGCAUCAACAAAAAUUUAUCCGGCAUUAUGAAAUUCAACGAGAAAGAAUUUCUCAACCAAAGAGGUAUAUUGGGAUUUACCUAAAUUAGUUGAAGCAGAAUAAGGAAUUCAUUAAAAAGUUUGUCAAUAAGCAGAAUAAGAUAAAUAAACUUGUAAGCAAGACCUUCAAGAAAAUGAAGAAAGAAGUAGAAAUGAAACAAAAGUGAGCUUGUAAUAACCUUCUAGAAAAGCAAUUGUUAAGAAUAUGACAAAUAUUAAUGAAGCCAAGGAAUCCCAAAUUUGGAAAACCCUAGAGACUAACUAUGCUCUUAACAUCGAUACAAAGUAAGAUUAGACUUAUAAUUCCAGCCGGACUGCUCCUAAACCAUCAGACUCAAUCCUACCCCCCUCUUCCAAAACCUCUUCACCUAUCUCAAAACUACUCCACCAAGACUCAGAAUCCAAAUCCACCCCUAUAAACCCACCCAAACACCCCACCGCCAUCAAAUCCCUCGCAAUAACCCACCUCUCAACCCCCAAAAUCCCCCUCACAAACGACAUCAUCCGUCGCUCCCACUACAUCCCUCCUCUCAACCCCCAAAACUCCAAUUCCCCCACACAACCAGGCUCCCUCUGCUGUCACCUCUCCCUAAAGAAACCUCCUUCUACCAUACCCCCAACGCCCAGUCCUUACAGCCAAAUCUCCAAAAUUUCACCAAAGAACCCUUCCUGAACUUCCAAAAGAAGACAGGUUCUCCUCUCUAAAGAAUGCGAUUCUCAAGGAAAUGUAGAGAAAAGGUUCCCGUUCAAGAUCCCUUAUUCGUUCACGAAGAGAAGUGGGGAUCUAGAGAUAGUCUAAAGCUAUAAAUCUGAGGUAAUAUUCACUCUAAGCGUA